AUGUAUUUCUAUAUACUAUUCAUUGAGAUCGUGUAUGGUUCUCAGUUAUACUCGAGAUCAAAAGGUAGUGUAGAGAAUCAAAAUUUUCGAGGAUGCAUUUACUCUGGUUCAAAUUCUGAUUACGUUCUAUUUCAAUGUAUUUAACAUAAUGCAUUUGUUCCAAAAUUAGAACUCACACAAAAAUAAAUAGGCAUUUAUUCUUAGGAGAAAAAUGGAGAAACCUAUUUAAGUAAUUACUUAAUUUGUGACCUCAUCACUAAGGAAGGUUAGAAAACCUUAUCAAUAGGAAGGAUUUCAAAUCCUGAGCAUUCGAAUCUCAUUUAACAGGAACACAAUAUAAUGUUUUACGAACUCACAUAGAUCGAUUCAAUCCAUACUACGAUUUCGAUAUUGAGAAGAGUAGACAAGCAAAAUUACAUUAUAGAAUUGCUCCCGAUGCUUCCUGGGAAUGUGAAUUAGUUUUACAGCAUUUCCUACAAAUUCAAUUCACACGAUAAUGCUCGUAUUAUUGGAUUUUCACAAUAUUACAAUAAAAUAAGGAAUUCUCUCUUGCUAAUCGUGUUGAAAUAAAACCAGCUCAAAUUGAUUGAAUACUCCUUAUUUGAUAAACAAUUCAGAGAUGUCUCUACAUAUUCCUUAUCUGAAAAUAAUGUGCCUUAAAAAUGGAGAAUGUAUAAAUCAGGCUAUAUCAUUAUUACAUAUGAGCAAUUCUAAGUACUCUAUAACAUUGGUGAGGUUUUAUAUGAAAUUUAAGAAAUAUAUAGAUUUGAUUCGCAACCACUAUAAAUGCUGACAAAUUUUGAUGGAAUUUAUUCAAAUUACAUAUUGUAACAAAAUAUGAAUGGAAUUAAAUUAUUCAUUAUUGAAGAAAAUAAUUAUUAAUUUUAUUCAAAAUCUGUUAGAUUGAUUUAAUAAUACGAUCUACCAUAUUCCCAUGUAGCAUUUCUCAUAGAUCAAACCUAACUGAUGUUGAUAUAUGAUCAAUUCGAGACGAUGAGUGCCAAGAUUGAUCAUUUAACAAUGGAUCAAUUUCAAGAAUGUGAAUUUAAUAUUGAGGAAUUACCUAAGAUGAAUUUAUAAUCGAUCCAAUAUUAAUAGAGGUAUGAAGCACAACCCUAAUAAUAAUAAUUAAAUUAAGUUUAAUCCUAAUAGAAAUAGAAAUGCCAAAUGCCUUGUGACAUAAUCUAUGGAUCUUUGAACAUUUCUUUAGUUCCACACAAGUCUGAAUGCAUUUUUGAAUCUUUGUAUAACCAAUUUGUACAUGGUUGCAAUAGAUUUAAUAGUUGUUAUGCUUGUAUGAAAUAAACAGGUUGUGAGUGGAUUGAUGAAUAAUGCUAGGGCUAAUAGAAUUAAUAGAGUGUUGGGUUAAAUUAAAAUAGGGAGAGUUCAAAAUGGUUUGUUAAUAAAAUAAUGAAUUGCGGUUCGGAGAUCGAAUUCAAUUCUACCUAUUAUGGAAAUGUUCCGAAAGGAUCAGUGUUCACGUGGUUUUAUGAUGCUAAUGCUUAUUAAUAAUUCAAUUUGCUUUUUAGUUUGUAGGUGGAUAAAUUAACAAAGAAGAAGUUUAUCCAAUAAAGCAUAUGUUUAGGGAAUGACACUUAACAAUUAUGCGAUUAAAUAAUGAUUAGUGAUUACAAGUCCGAUUUUAUAUUCAAAGGCUAUUAUUUUAGAAUGACAAUUGUGAUGUUGGAGGAUAUUUUAGUGAAUGAUCUGACAGUCACAUUUAAAUAGUAGGAUCCUCAAGCAGAUACAGAGGAUUUCAAAAUAAAGAAACUAACAUGUUUAUUAUUGGGAGCUCUGGUUCUUUUUGGAAUCAUCAUCUAUAUAGCUAAUAAGAGGAUGAAUUACUUGAUCUCGCUUACUCUUCAGGAUAGCAAACAAAGUCUGGAUAAUGAUAGUCUCUCAAAUGUGAUGGACAAUAUGAUUAAGGAGAAGGUGUUAAUGAAGUAAUGCUUUUCAAGCCAGGUUUUGAGAUAUGAUGAGGAUAAGUGUCCUUUUUGUAUUGAGAAAUAUGAAACGAAGUAGGAAAUCGUUCAGAUAUUCUGUGGACAUACAUUUCAUUUGGAGUGUUUUGAGGAUUGGAUAAGAAUAAACACAAAAUUAGUGAGAUGCCCUAUUUGCAAUUAAACGAUUGAAUAUUUUUUAAAGAACAAAGAGUAAUUUAAAAAAUCAAUCGAUGUUUGA